UUUACAAAACAGUUGGAUUGAUUAGGCUAAUGUAUCAGCAAUGGUGGUGGGAUGAAGAACUUAUGUAGUCGAAGUGAUAGUGGAAACAUGUCGGAAUAGACAAGAGGUCAUGCAGCUUUUGUUUGCCAGCCGUUGAGAGCCAAAGUGAAGUAAGUCAAACGAAAAAAAAAAGCCAUGGGAAACCUGUACAUAUGAACAUGGGUCGAGGGAAUCUGGCCGAGAGUCUCACCGCUUCCAUAUCAGGUUAAACCACCGGUUCCCAAGAACCGGAGCUUUCCCAAACGCCUCGAUGUGAGAGCUCUGGCAGGAACGACUUUAGUUAUUUCAUGAGACGCAGGAACUCAUAAUCAAGAUGGGGGCACUCUGAGUGGCGCACCCUUCAUGGCGCCGACGCAGCUGUUCCGCUACUGGCUGUGCCUGCUCGUCCUGAGCCUUCCCCUGCUGCUCUGGUUCGGGCAUGUGAUCAUUUGGGACGAUGGAUCAGCUGCCGCCAAGAACCGAGGGCUGCAGGGCUACACGAGGAUCAGCCCCGGGAGGAUGAGUCAGCUUCUGGACAUUCACUGUGAUCAGUGUGCCUUCGUGUCCAGCUCCGGUCAAAUGCUCGGCGCCGGCGCUGGAGAUGAGAUCGACAGGAUCAGAUGCGUGAUCCGAAUGAACAACGCGCCCACGGGGGGGUACGAAAAAGACGUCGGGAGCCGCACGGCCGUCCGGGUGGUGUCUCACACCAGUGUUCCCCUGCUGGUGAAGAAUGAGACAUACUACUUCCAGCAGUCGGCAAACACAACGUACGUUUUUUGGGGUCCUGAGAGGAACAUGAGGCAGGACGGAAAAGGACCAAUCUUCAACCUCCUCCUGAAGAUGGCGAUUAAGUAUCCGGAAGCCAAGAUAUACGCUGUGACCAGAGACAAGAUCCAGUACUGCGACAGCGUGUUUCAGAAUGAAACCGGAAAGAACAGAAUGAAAACGGGGGCUUUUCUCAGCACUGGAUUUUUCACCAUGAUUUUGGCCAUGGAUAUGUGCGACAGCAUCACCGUUUACGGAAUGAUCGACAACAACCACUGCAGUCUAGCCAACAGAAGCUUCGUCCCUUACCACUACUACGAGAAAAACCGCCUGGAUGAGUGCCGGAUGUACAGAGUCCACGAGCACACGCAGCGAGGAGGUCACCGCUUCAUCACAGAAAAGGCCAUCUACGGUAAAUGGGCAACGCGCCACAAGAUAGAGUUCAAACACCCCUUCUGGAGCUUCUGAGGAAUGAGAACCUGAGGAGAAAAGGAUAUUCCUGUUGUGAAUUUUAAAACGUUUUCAUUUAAAGUGUUUUCUCUUUCGUAAACAGAAUUUUAUUUUAUAUUUUUUAUAAAGAAGAUUGACGUAUAAUACCUGUCGUUAGGGCAUCUGCAAUGAUGAUGAUGUUUAAGAUUUGCCAGCCUAUUACCACUGACACAGUGUCACUCUGAGUAUCACUGAAUAUUUCUGCUGGACAUACUCUAAAUCAAUUUGGAUACCGCACACCAAUACCCAAAACAAAGCAUUUUCAGUUUAUGCCAAAGCUUGCAAUCUUUCCUUUUUUUUACUCUUUGUGCCUUGGUCUCAUGUGGUGUCAUACUGCACAAUGCUUUCUUUUAAGCUGCCAUUUGCCUGUAUGACUUAAACUAUGAUAUGAUUUGCACCUUUCUCUUUGAGACUGUGGUGUUACUUCCACGCACUUGGUCAGGAUUUCGUCUCAAAACGUGGUUGUUGAGGCUGGCUAACAUAUUAUCAAACCCAGUGUCAUCACCUCAGGCCACGUCACACACAUUUCUUCCUCCGCAGACUGGACUUUGAAUGUGGGUGUUAUGAACAACAGGAAGGCCUGCUGGUGGUGAUAAGUUUUAUCUUAAAUGUUAAGCAAGAGCUCAAUCAGUUGUUAUGGAAACAUAUCCACAAUAAUAAAAAAAAAGCUCUAUGAUAUGGUUUGGUGGGACAGUUUUCUCUAAAGUCAUCUUGCAUCAGGAGGGCAAUUGUGGUGGACUCAAAUCAUGUUUCUAAAUAUGGAACUAUAUAAGCUGCCAACAAGAAGCUGACAUUUUUAGGAAAAAAGGAUAAUGGUUUUGUUUUUAAUGCGCGUAUUGGAAUAGUUUUAGCCUUCUGUAAUAGGAGGAUCCUAAAUCUGUGGUGCAUUGUUUCCGUGUCCAUGCUGCUUUUUAAACCCCUUUCAAGUGGAAAAACUGCUUGUCUUGUAAAGUUUUUCCAAAUAACUCUAAAAGGAGCUCCUACUCCCAGGUUUAAAAUGUGCACCCUCUCUGCCAUAAUUUGUCUAUUUAUGUCAGACACUUAUUACUAAUAGCCAGAUAGCACAAUCGGUGAACUUCUAAGUAUUGGUGUGCUCAAAGAACCAAGCAGCCCUGUCUAAACAGGACAUCCAGAGUUCAGUUCAGUCUGUUUAACCUGGAUUUUGUAAGUAAUGCAUAGAGGAUCAAUACAAAGUGUGUUUCUGCUUUGAGGUCUCAUGAGCGUCUGACAAAUUCCCGCAAACAGCCAAACUCUGGAAAACAGACUUGGUGUUGGACGUUCACUCUGAAUGUAAUAGGCUAAAACGCAUUGGAACAAACUUUUUUUUUUUCUUAAAGCGUCCACUGUUUUUACCAGUAUAUUUUUCUGCCUGUUUACAAUUUCAAACAUAGCACUGCCUUCUCAGUUGCAUAAUACUUUUCUUUGACUAAUUCCAAAGACUCUACCUGUAUUUGCACUACUGACCAAGUACAUCUCAAGUAUGACUUUUUAUGAUGAAGUUGCAUUUUAGGUGCAAGUUAUCAGCAUCUAUAAACUGCAAAGGAAGAAACAUGAAUGUAAACUGAGCAGUUGUAGAGCUAGAUGUGCAUAAAUAAACUGGCUGUUGAAAAAUCCCUGUUUCUUUAUUUUUUUUAUUUCAUGAUAAAGGAACUAAAUGAGGUCUCUGAAAAUAUGUUUUAUGUUGAAAAUGGAGGGC